AUGGCCUUGAUGCACCAGGAGCACAUUCAGCCAGGCAUGUGCACAAAUGGCCAAGAAGCCCAGAGUCACACAUGCUGGUGUCUACCUUCAAAUGAUGCAACUGGAAAUGUCCCUUCUAACAUGUCUGGGGGCUGGGUGAGCCCAGGAAUCCUUACACAUUCAGAAUGCCAACUCCCAGAACCAUGCAACGCACAGGUAGAGGGAAAUAGCUGCAGUGAUUGCUCUCUAUGGAAAAUCUUCCUGGCUUGUCUUUUAGCCUCUAUACAAACAACAGCAAUUGGAGUACUUAUACUAAGCUUAGUGAAUAGAAAUAAUUCCCCUAUUGUUAUCUAG